AUGUAUGUACUUGGAGAAGAUCUAAGUAUGAACACAGUGAAGCAAUAUAUGAUGAAGAACUGGAAUUUUGUGAAGUUACCGGAUAUGUUUUACAAUGAAGAAGGGUUUUUCAUCCUGCGAUUCCACUCGUUCCAAGACAAGCAUUCAGUGAUAAUGAAAGGGUCGUAUACAAUUCAUAAUCGACCAAUGAUGGUCCGUGACUGGAAACCUGAUUUUAGCUUGAACAAGUACAUGCUCAGAACGAUCCCGUUGUGGGUUAAACUCCCUCAGUUGCCAUUACACUUAUGGGGAGCACGUAGCCUAAGCAAAAUUGGGAGUGCAAUUGGUACGCCAUUGGUGACAGACGAAUGCACAUCAAAUAAGCUUAGGAUGUCGUAUGCGCGAAUAUUGGUGGAAAUUGACAUCACCCAAGACCUGAAGUCUGACAUUAUGAUCAGAGAUAAAAAAGGAGACCGAUUGAAGCAACCCAUAGAAUACGAAUGGAAACCCCUAUACCAUAGAAGAUGCCAUAAGGUUGGGCACAAUUGUGAAAAACCUGCUAAACAAGCCAAGGAAUUGAGGCCUAAAGUUAAGGAAGUACAAAUUAGAGAAGAGGUGAAAACCAAUGUUGAAGAGAAGAUGGAAAGUGUGCAAUCUGAAACAGCAGAGGAGGAUCAAAAUGAUGAAAAUGAUGAGUGGUCAAGAAUUACAAGCAACAGAAGGGAUAAAGGCAAGGGAAUUUCUAAGGAAGGUACCUCAAUCCAUUCUCAAAACGGUUUUGGACUACUAGGGAUUUUGAAUGAUCCUCUAAGUAGUCAAAACAGGGUCCAAUGUUAG